UCUGUGUGCUCGUGCAGCUGGUGUGCAUUUGCUUGUGUGUAUGUGUGUGAGUGUGCGUGUGUGCGUGUCUGAAUGCGAACAAGUUGCUAUUAUUUUUAAUUUUUCCCAAACAUCUUUGAAUCAAGCUCUUGAAGUUAGCCGGGGGCUGCGGCGAGUGAGCCACCUUUCAGAGCCGCCCGAAGAAAAGAAAGUCUUUUCCACAACAACGGAGACUCCAAUGAACAAGAAAAUAACAAGUUUGCUACGUUACAGCCUUUGAAAACAAGCCACAUCUAAAGUUACGCAGUUGAACGUUUGUCGGUGAAUCAUUGUUUAGACACAAGCUAACUUGAAGCUACAGGGUACCGCUGCUCGCGCUGUUGUUGUUGUUUUUUUUUAGUUUUUUUUUAGUGGCUGGCAGUUUGCAGCUCGCGUGCCUUCUUUUAAAUGCGUAAAGUCGCUAAUGUUUGCUAAUGAAGUUGCGGUGAACGUCACAUAAGAGAGUAAUAAACACGUAAUUGUAGUAGGGGAUAAGCCAUAAACUACUCAGAAAAAAAAAAAUGCUAAAGACACUGACGAAGAAGCUAAGAAGACAUUCCCUCAAUGAGAUACAUCCUUUCCACCUGAAGAUUUCUUACCAUGGCGGUGGAGAGGGAGGGGAGAGUGAUGACUCAGAGGGGGAGAACCAGGAGCUUGCACAGAUUGACAGAGAGAGGCGGAGAAAUUGUGCACUCACCCCCUUGGCCACCAGCCAGCAGCACAACCAGGGUCCCCUCUCUCCAGCCCGGUUACGCCGCCUCCGCCUCCUUUUAGACGCCAAUCUGGAUCGGCACUCCUCAGAGGAAGAGCUAGAGCGUAUCAGCUGCGGCGACAACCGGAAGUGGAUGUCCGCGCUUCCCCAGCGCCACGGCGACCACCACAGCAGCGCCUCCAGUGACGAGGAGGUGCGGGACCUCUGUGGCUGCGGGUCACCGGCUGCCUCCGCCAGACCGCUGGUGGAGCCGGGCGCUUGCUUGGCUGCCUCCCCCAGCCCUGUACUCUUCAGCUCCAGUCCACCACGUAGCCUCAAGCCACCCCCGAUGCGCUUUCAGCUGCAGGUGGUGCAGCCAGUGGCCCGGCCCAUCAUUCUCACCCACUUUGACCAGUCAGCACCUUACAGAAAGUAUCGGCACAGCUUUGGCGGGGAGCCGGGGAGGCCCAGUCUGGACCUGGAGAAAAUGCAACAGAAAAUGCUGCUGAAAAAGAACUGCGGAGGGAAAACGAGGACCAUAAAGAUCCGGAAUCUGACCGGCAGUCGCCCUCCGCCCAGGUACACCUACGACCCUUCCAUCUUCGCCUUCCGCUCCUUGAGCACAGUGCCCCCCUGCAGCCCCCUGACCCCGUCCGAGGAUCCACCGUGCUCAUAAGAAAAUUCAUCCACCGCCAGAUAAUCUCCACCGCCAGAUAAUCCCCCCCAUUCCCAGACGGCUGCUUUUUCUUUUGUGGCUUCUGCAGCGAGACCAAGGAGUGACUGUUAUGAAACAGAGAGGUAGAAAGACAGUUUGUUUGAUGGUGGAACUAUUGCACACUCAGGUAAUCCCACCCUUUGAUCGUCCUUCUCCACAUAAAAUCAGCAGGAACAUUUGGAGAAUGAAAUGGCCCCAACAACAACAACAACACUUCUAAGAAUACUUCAGGUUUUCCUAAUCGACAGCUGUCUCUAAAAAAAGAUCCUGUGAUUGGAGGAAUCAUGAAUGGAGAAACUGUGGACCAGAGGUGGUACAAAGGGGUGAGGCCAACCGUUUGAAAAGCCUGGAUUUAGUUCUGGGUCGGAUCAAUAUUCAAGGGAAAUAAUGCAUGUAAGACAAUCAAAUGGUUCCAAGGUUUCUUCCUUUGAUGUCAUUACUGGAUAUCUUGUAAGGUUCUUGGUAACGUUAUAUACUGAACACGGCGAGGUGAGUCAUAGGAUAUCUUGUUAUUGUUGAGAUGAACAUAGACAGUGGUCACAUUCGUCUGUCUGAAAAACUACUUCUUUGGAUGUGUCAUUGGAUAUGCAGGUCAUGACGAGCUAUAACAAACAUGUAUGACAUGUAUGACAUGUAUGUAGUUGACUAGUUUGACCUUUGAUGAUGUACGUUUCUUAAUGAAUUUGUCACUUUUAGUCCAGGUCAGAGUUAAGUACUUGUAUCCUCUUUCCUUGCAUGAAUUGCGCUGUUUUGCAGAAAGAGCGGUAUGUGGAAAUAAGGAAGUAUGAGAAUAGUUGCUGCACAUUUGGCAAGUGUAAUUGGUGCUAUGUUAAUCAUAGCCUACUUGUAGUGUGCCAUUUUUUUUCUCCAAUAUUGUACCUCAGUACUUUCUAGGUAGAAGAGGACCACUGGUACAUCUAAGACAUCCCAGUGUUUUCUAAAGAUCUCUUAAUGCCUUGAAAUCACAUUCCUGUCGUAUUGAAUGAAACUUGAGGUAGUUCUCAGCUCCUGAAAUGAGCUGAUCAAUCGAUUAAACACAAUGUCACCACUGUAAGUAAGAUUUCGCCGAAGUGAAUGUAACAUUGGGGCAGGUUUUCGUCCAUUGUUGCACAAAAUGAAUCAAUAAAAGCCCUGUGGCCUCUUGUUUA